CCAUUUGUAAUUGAAAAUGACGACUACCUUUGUCCUUUCGUUUUUUGCUAGGGUUUUAACUUCAUUUGUCUUAUUGUUCUUGUCUUCUUGAUGGCCGCAACACUCCAUUGGUUUCCUAGUGCGUUGGUUGGACCUUGAUGCCCUUCUCGGCGCUCGCGACUGAUAUUGAGAGACCCUGUUAGUGAAUUUUAUUUGGCAUUUGCAAAUCAGCUUGCUUUGAAAGAUGGGUAACGAUCCACCAAAUCCAACGGAGGGCAAUAUUAUCAAUAAGCAACAAGAAGCAGAUCCUGGUAGUGCAAGAAAGGUUAGUGAACCUACAAAAAUUGAAACUUCUAGGAAAAGAUCUUGGGUUUGGGAUUUUUUUACUGAGGUUACAACUGCAAAUGGUAAACGUAGGGCAACAUGUGACUUUUGUAGUAAGAGUUAUGCAGCUGAUCCUAAACAAAAUGGCACCACAUCUUUGGGGAAUCAUUUAGUCAAUGUUUGCUUAUCUUCUGAAAACCCUUUUAGAGAAAAAGAGAUUGAGUUGGAGAAGGGUCAGACUACAUUGAACUUCGAGCCUCUAAAGCCAGAGUACUUCAGAAGUGCCCCUGCUGCUGUGCCCCUGCUGCUGCCAAGCAAGAAGUCUCAUGAGAACAUGGUGGUUUUGGUGUUUUUGUUGAUUAUUUUAAAUGUUUAACUAUAUGUAUGAAACUCUGUAAAAUUUUUAUUUUUAUUUUUAUUGGAUUUUUCUUUGAUGGUCAGCUAUUAUGUGAUUAUGUCAGAUAUCAUAUAUGGAUUAAUUAAUCAUGUUUGUUUAAUUUAAUGUGAUAGAGUCACUAUUUACCAUUUA